AUGUUUUUUGGCGCUCAUUAUAUGCCGUGUGAAGGUGAACCAUUAAAUCCUCAGGGAGACGAUCUAAUGGACGAUAUAAGCGAAAAAACGACCAAGGAAGCCGAUCUGGAUGGAUUGACGCCGGCCAUUCUAGAGGCUAGAUAUGACCGAAAGAAUAAAGUUGAUUCUUGGUAGGUAGCCUUUUUUCAGUUUGAUACAUUUGAACUUCAGUUUUAAAUCAUUAAAUUUGACAAAAACACUCGAUUCAACUCGCUGCUUCAAUUUGAUAUAGGUGUAAAUGUGGCAAGUGCUCGGAUCGAAACUUGGUUGAUGCACAUGAAUACCGAUGUUACCAUGAAAUUGUUGAAGCGCUUGGGAAACUAACAAUCGACGGGAGCAUCGCCGGAGAAAAUUUCAUGUUUGACAUUGCAAGACUACAAGGCCACGACGAACGAGGCUGUGUUGGCUCAAGUCGGCCCUUUAUUGAGAGACCAAAAGGGCAAAGCUAUAAAUGA